AUGUCUUUGUCAUGGUUCGAGUCGGAAAUGGGAGGAAGAUACCAUGCCUUUGUCAUGGUUCGAGUUUCGGCCGCAGGACACCUUGUCCGACCUCUCCAACUGGUGUGGUGCAAUGAGAUCGAUGGUGACUCUUGGAUUGCGGAGGAGGUCCAGGCUCGAGCGAUGACAAUGCUUUCUGGUGCAGUAGGGUGUGUCGUACUUCCUGGAUGGUUGGCGAGACCAAUCCAAAGGCAACUAAUCGAACACUACGAAAAAGAAGACUCCACCACCACCAAAUUUCAAAUUCCUGGAGAACUGGGACAUUACUCCCAAUCUCCCUCAUAUACCUUAAAAAAACAGCCCGCUCCCAGGGUCUCCAGCCAAAUCCUCCAAAUAUACCAUAACACAACGCCAGCCCAGUCCCAGGGUCCCCCAACCAAUAUCCUCCACAUAUACCAUUGUUACAAAAACCCUGCCAUGCAUAACACCAUUUCCCCCGCUAUCUACCAAAGAAAUUAA